GAACUCCUACAGUAGCGGCGGCGUCAGACCCGGCGCGCGCCUCCGGGUCCGGAGCCAUUUGCAUAAUUGGAUUUUUUUUUUUUUUGCCUUCUUCUUUCUCCCUGAAACUUGUUUGAAAACCCAAGUGAAAACCGCGACGACCUGCACGCUCAAAAGCAAGUGCCAAUUCCUGCUCACCACGGCUUUAAGAAUACCCUUCAGCCAGGAGGGAGACCCACCGCUUUAAGACUUGCCGGGGAUGGAAGAAGCGAGUCUGUGCCUUGGAGUGUCCUCGGCGGCGCCCGAAGCUGAGCCCCACCCGAGCGGCCCGGUCCUCAAUGGCCAGUAUGCCAUGAGUCAGAAGCUGCACCAGAUCACCUCGCAGCUCAGCCAUGCCUUCCCCGAGCUGCACCCGCGGCCCAGCCCCGAGGAGAAGACCCCCGCCGCGCCCCUGGACGAGAAGGCCCUCGCGCCCCUGAGCGGCCAGCCCCUGGGCGGGCAGAUGGCGCUGCUGGCCAACCAGCUGGGCCGCGACGUGGACACCAGCCUCAACGGGCGGGUGGACCUGCAGCAGUUCCUCAACGGGCAGAACCUGGGCAUCAUGUCCCAGAUGACUGACAUCGAGGACGACGCCCGCAAAAACCGCAAGUACCCCUGCCCGCUGUGCGGCAAGCGCUUCCGCUUCAACAGCAUCCUUUCCCUGCACAUGCGCACGCACACGGGCGAGAAGCCCUUCAAGUGCCCCUACUGCGACCACCGGGCCGCGCAGAAGGGAAACCUCAAGAUCCACCUGCGGACCCACAAGCUGGGCAACCUGGGUAAGGGGCGCGGGCGGGUGCGCGAGGAGAACCGCCUGCUGCACGAGCUGGAGGAGCGGGCCAUCCUGCGGGACAGGCAGAUGAAGGGCAGCCUGCUGCAGCCGCGGGACCUCAAGCCCCUGCCGCACGCCCCGCAGGCCCCGCCGGCCACCUGCCACCCGGCCCCGCCCGCCAGCCACGGCGCGCCCGACGUGGCCACCGCCGCGCCCUCGCCCAAGCCGGCGGGCGCACAGGAGGACGCGACGGCUCCCGCCGCGGGCUUCCGCUGUACCUUCUGCAAGGGCAAGUUCAAGAAGCGGGAGGAGCUGGACCGUCACAUCCGCAUCCUGCACAAGCCCUACAAGUGCACGCUGUGCGACUUCGCGGCCUCGCAGGAGGAGGAGCUCAUCAGCCACGUGGAGAAGGCGCACAUCACCGCCGAGUCGGCCCAGGGCCAGGGCCCCAGCGGUGGCGGGGAGCAGGCGGCCAACGAGUUCCGAUGCGAGGUGUGCGGCCAGGUGUUUAGCCAGGCCUGGUUCCUCAAGGGCCACAUGCGCAAGCACAAGGACUCCUUCGAGCACUGCUGCCAGAUCUGCGGCCGGCGCUUCAAGGAGCCCUGGUUCCUCAAGAACCACAUGAAGGUGCACCUUAACAAGCUGUCGGUGAAGAACAAGUCCCCCAGCGACCCUGAGGUGCCUGUGCCCAUGGGUGGCAUGUCCCAGGAGGCCCAUGCCAACCUGUACUCCAGGUACCUCUCCUGCCUGCAGAGUGGCUUCGUGGCGCCCGACAAAGCGAGCCUGAGCGAGCCCGGCCAGCUCUACGGCAAGGGGGAGCUGCCCCUGAAGGAGAAGGAGGCGCUGGGGAAGCUGCUGUCGCCCAUCUCCAGCAUGGCCCAUGGUGUCCCUGAGGGGGACAAGCACUCCCUGCUGGGCUGCCUCAACCUCGUGCCGCCGCUGAAGUCCAGCUGCAUUGAGCGGUUGCAGGCGGCUGCCAAAGCUGCCGAGAUGGACCCGGUGAGCAGCUACCAGGCCUGGCAGCUCAUGGCCAGGGGCAUGGCCAUGGACCACGGCUUCCUGUCGAAAGAGCACCAGCUGCAGCGCAGCCACGAAGACGCUUUGGCCAGCGCUGGAGUUAUGUUCGACAAGGAAAAGCGGGAGUACGUGUUGGUGGGGGCAGAUGGCUCCAAGCAGAAGAUGCCGGCAGAUUUGGUUCACGGCACCAAAGUGGGCAAUCAGAGAGACCCGACAAAUAAGCUCGACCCUUUGGAAGGCAGUCGGGAUUUUUUGUCGCAUGGGCUGAACCAGACGCUCGAAUACAACCUGCAGGGUCCCGGGAACAUGAAGGAGAAGCCCACCGAGUGCCCCGACUGCGGCCGGGUGUUCCGCACCUAUCACCAGGUGGUCGUGCACUCCCGCGUGCACAAGCGGGACCGCAAGGGCGAUGAGGAGGGGCUGCACGCCGGCCUGGAGGAGCGGCGCGGCUCGGGCAGUGACCAGGAGUCGCAGUCGGUGAGCCGCUCCACCACACCAGGCUCCUCCAACGUCACUGAGGAAAGCGGGGUCGGAGGAGGCCUCUCCCAGACUGGCAGUGCCCAGGAGGACAGCCCGCACCCCUCCUCGCCGUCCUCCUCAGACGUCGGCGAGGAGGCUGGCAGAGCUGCCGGGGUCCAGCAACCCGCGCUGCUUCGCGACAGGAGCCUGGGCUCGGCCAUGAAGGACUGCCCGUACUGCGGGAAAACCUUCCGGACGUCCCACCACCUCAAGGUGCACCUGAGGAUACACACAGGUGAGAAGCCCUACAAGUGUCCCCACUGUGACUACGCCGGCACCCAGUCCGCGUCCCUGAAGUACCACCUGGAGAGGCACCACCGGGAGCGGCAGAACGGAGCCGGGCUGCUGCCUGGGCAGCCCCCACACCAAGACCCCAAGGAGGAGAUGCCCAGCAAAGCCCCGCUGUUCAUCAGGCCUGACAUCCUGCGGGGGGCCUUUAAGGGUCUCCCCGGGAUCGACUUCAGAGGGGGCCCCACCUCUCAGCAGUGGACACCAGGCGCACUCUCUUCCGCAGACCGUCUGGGACAGGCCACCAGCAUGUCUUCAGAAGUCCCCUCAGACCCCCUGAAAGGUGCCGACCUUCCCCCCAAAAGCACCCACUUCUCCGAGAUCGGAAGAGCUUAUCAAAGCAUCGUGGGCAACGGCGUGAAUUUCCAAGGGUCCCUGCAGGCUUUCAUGGACAGCUUUGUCGUCAGCUCCUUGAGGAAAGAGAAGGACGGGAAGGACAGAGCCCUGUCCGACGCUCCUUCCAUGAAAGUCCACGGGGCGGAGGGGGUGGAGGAGAAACCCGGCGGCAAGUCCUCCCAGAGGAAGUCGGAGAAGUCCCAGUACGAGCCUCUGGACCUAUCGGUGCGGCCCGAUGCCGCCUCCCUGCCGGGCUCGUCCGUGACCGUGCAGGACAGCGUCGCGUGGCACGGCUGCUUGUUUUGUGCUUUCACGACAUCCUCCAUGGAGCUGAUGGCGCUCCACCUCCAGGCCAACCACCUGGGCAAAGCGAAACGCAAAGACAGCACCGUGGGGGUCACGGUCAACUGCAAAGACCACGCCCGGGAGGCGGGCAAGAUGGCCCUGCUGCCCGCGGUGCCCUCCGGCAAGGAGAUGGGCCUUUCCGGUCUGAUGGGCUCUCUGGACUCUGCUCCUGACAAGAUGGCCCAAGGACAGGCCAAGGAGACUCUGGGGGAGCAGAAGAGCGGCACGACGUGGCCUGGCCACGUGGACCCUGCCUUUUGUAACUUCCCGUCAGACUUCUACAAGCAGUUUGGCGUUUACCCGGGUGUGGUGGGCUCGGGGGCCUCCAGUUCCUGCCCCAGCAAGGAGCCCGAGGGGAAGGCCCCCUCUGAAGAUGACGCCCCCAUCCUGAUCCCCGAAACCACAAAUAAGGACGCGACCGACGACCUCUCCGACAUCGCCUCCUCGGAGGACAUGGACUCCUCCAAAGGCGAGAACAACGACGAAGAGGACAUCGAGACGGAGCCGGAGAUGAUGAGCAAGCCACUGUCCGCCCUCAGCAAGGACAGCGACGGCGGGGAGGGCCUGCUGCCCGCGGGUGGCCCCCAGCCCAUGCAGGGACUGGUCUCGCCAUUACCCCAAGCGUCGGAGAAGCAGUGGCACAGCCCCGGCCUCCUUCCAGCCCAGGACCCCUCGGCGGGCCUGCCGAAGCCGGAGCGGGGGCCCCCGGGCCUGGAGAAGCCCCUGAACAUGCUGUCGGUCCUCAGGGCCUAUAGCUCCGAGGGCUUAGCAGCCUUUAACGGACUUGCCGGUAGCUCAGCAAACUCUGGAUGUAUCAAGAGGCCAGACUUGUGUGGUCACCGGCCUUUCCAGUGCCGCUACUGUCCCUACAGUGCCUCUCAGAAGGGGAACCUGAAGACUCACGUCCUCUGUGUGCAUCGGAUGCCUUUCGACAACAGCCAGUACCCCGACCGCAGGUUCAAGCGCUCCAGAGUGGACUCCGAGGCUUCUGGAAAUUUCGAGGAGCCCACAGCUGUCAAGCCGGGAAGCUCCGCAGACCUCACGGAGGAGGGCGGCAAGGUCCAGGCCGAGAGCAACUGAGCAGAGCCACCUGUGUAUUGCAAUACUAUUUCCCACUGUUCUAACAUUAUGCACCUGGUAAAAGAGUCCGCUAACUGCAUUCCAAGGGAAAAAAUCAUGUACGAGCCCCCGAUAGUGUAUAGAACCUUUAAAAAAUUUUAAAAGAGAUCUAUAUAUAUAUAUAUUAAAAAACAAAAAAAUCCCCCAGCCCUUGAAAAUGGCUGCUAAACUGUUACCCGGCAACAAGUACUUCCCGACCACGCAGGUGGGGAGAAGAGGGAUUUCACACAGCUUGGUGUCCUCUGAGCUAGGGAAAGCUGGGGGCCCUUCCAACUCGAAAGUCGUCUUUGUCCAAAAAUAAUGCUCUUAACCGAAAAAUGAUACCAUCUCAAUGAUUUACUGUUGCCUUGAAGAUGGAGGGGCUGUGUUUUCAUUGUUGAAGACACCUCUAUAAUCUGACACCAGCUGCUGUCAUUUGCCUAGCACCUUAACGAGAUGUGCUGGGAGGCAGCCGCGGUGCCAGCCAGGCUGGAGCGGUCACUGCAGAGAAAAUCAAUUCGCGUGGUGUCGUAACUGCACUCUCGGAGAAACCCUAGACGGCCCGCAGCCAGCGCCAGGGCUGCCCGGCGCUGCAGAGGAUGGCGAUCUUAAAUGUGCAUUUUCAAAAAAUACACAGCCAGAUGAAUCAAUGGUCAGGCAGUGUCUGCAGACAGAUGUCCAUUGCAGGUUUGAUGAGUAAUUCCUUUUUUAGAUCAAAUUGCAGUAUGGAGGGAAAUGUUUUUGUUCUUGGUUGUCUUUUCUUUUUUUUUUUUUCUUCAAUUUUUGGAUGAAGAAAGAGGAUGCUAUUAAAAAAAAACUGUAGGGUACAUUAUAUAAAAUGUUGUUAGAAAAACUAGCCAACCCUAUCCAUAGAAGGUGCUGAUAAGAAAUUAAAGUUUAGGUGAUAUUAGGUUGUUUUUUUAAUUAUGAUUUUUUAAAAAAUUUACUUGAAUAAAGGCUGCUCCAGUCCUUAUAAUCAAAAUUUUUUUUUCAUGCAUUAGUUUUUUAUAAGUGUCACAGACAGGCAGCAAGAUUUUCUUCAGCAAGCUCUUAUGAAAUAGCUUGUAUGAAAAUAUGAAUCUAAAAAUCCUGCUCUCUCUCAUGAAGAAAACUGAGUUAAAAUGUCUGUUUUUGUAAAACAAAUGGGUUCUAUAUUUUUGUAGAUUUUAGAUUUUCUACUGAUUGGAAACUCCAAAUUUAUCAAGUUCUGCACCACACAGAGGGAGAUUUCGAGGGUCAAUAAUGAAACACUUAACUCAUUUUUGAAAACGAUUUAAGAAGACUGAAGGUUUAUUCUUGAAUCUGCUAGAGGGGUAUAAAAGUUCAGCCUUUUAACGUCCUUCCUUUGAGUGACAUGACACUGGUGCUGUUGCUUGUGACGGUAGAGAAGUGUUGAAGUACUCACUUCUAAAACAAAAUCAUUCAGACUUUUAAAAAAAAAAAGUCAAUAUUUCCUUGCAGGCUGGGAGCACAGAAUAAAACCCCAGGGCCUUAAAAACUUCAGCUCUGCCUACAGCAGUUUACAAAAAUACUAAACUGCAAUCAAUGUAAAUAAAAUUCUUAGUGCUAUCCUGAGACCAGAAAGCAUCUCAGGCUAAUAAGGAAUCCGGUUUGCGUAUGCUGUCCGAGGGUGUCAUCUAACCGAGGUUUCCGUGUGAAUGAGGUCGCUGUGCAGCGUGGACCGAGCUGGCCUAGAGCAAGCUGCUUUCUUGUUUUUCUAGUAUAGUUCUCACUGCCUUACUUAAAUCGAGUUGAUACACUUAAUGCAACUGUUUCUAUGAUCCUAGAGAAAGGACUGAAAUGUUAUUGAAAACUUUCCGACUGUAGUAAGCUUUAGGAUUUUAACUGCACUACUGUGUUUGGUGACUGUGUCAGUCGCUUGCUUUCUGUGUGUUUGCCCCGCCUUUGGUAUCUUAGCAAAGAAAAAUAAAAAAAAUAAAAUAAAAAAAGAAGAUAAAAAAAGAAAAAAGAGGGAAAAAAAAGGAAAAAAAAAGUGGGGGAAAGAAAUGAGAGCCACAUUCCAUUUCUAGCACUUUGGGAGCUCUUUCAGUAUAUUCUUUUGUGUCUCUGAGCAUCCUCCGAUGCGACAGGCAAUAAUUCUGUUCGUGACACUGGGAACAACCCCUCUUCUUUGUGGCGUGUGUGUUGAUUCCAUUUUGUCCAGUGCUGCCGUCCUGAUUUCCCCUCUGACACGGGCUUUCUUUCCAGAACAUUUGUAACUUGUAACACAAACAAGUGACAGCCACGGUGAUGCAGUGUCAGUUUCUGAAUGUCAUCAGGUUCUCAUAUCUAAACAUGUCGAGUUUCUUCCCUGUAACUUCUGUAGUCUGUGAUGCUGGGUCAUAAUACUGUCUACAUUCCUACGCAAAGAAAAAAAAUCUAUCUUGGAGGAAAUCUGAGAUCAAUAGAGUAGAGGAUUUUGUUGCUAUGCUUGUAACAAGUAGAAAACUUUGUAUUUAAAGUUUAUUCUUGGUCAUUAUUUAUUAUUAUAAUACAUCAGUUGACAGAACUUUAUUCUGGUAUAGAAAGUAUUAAAAGUUGUUUUUUCAGCAAUGACUGUUUUCUUUCUGCUGUUAGAAUAAAAUGUCUUUGAAGCA